UGCGCAAUGGAAUUGUUUGGAUCAAGUCGCCAGAAAGCAUAUUUUUUUAGUCUGUUUACAUAGAGAUCUAGCGAUUACUUGGUUAAAUUAAAUACUUACAGCGAACAAAAUAAUCAAAAGCAAUACUUUUUUUAGGGCCAUGUUGAUGGCCGCAGUCAUUGAAACUACAAGUUUAUUGUAAAUUUGGCUGCCUCUUUGUCAGGAGACUAUGGAUGGCAUAGAACUGAACAGAGAUACAUUUCAAAGCAAACCUGACGGUGGGACAACUAAACGCAAACCUUUACUCAAAAGCAAUGGACCGCUUUUUACUAUUCCCAAGUUAAAGAAAAUUAAACGAGACUUGUUAACAGACUUAACUUUAGACUCCCAUGAAUGUCAACAUGACAUCCUGGCACCAGUACGCAAGAGUUUCCACUUCCCUGUGUCUAGCUCCUGCCAUGAGUUUACGAAAGUACAAGCUGUUUAUAAUCCUGAAAUAUCUGCUAAGUACAUGGAAAGGCGCAGAGAAAUGAAAGUGGCUGGCUACUCUGACUCACUGCUAGCAGAAAUGUUUGCCUUUAUACCUGUAGAGAAUCCAUCCAGUGCUGAAAGAAUCUGCCAAGAAGGAAUCAGGUGUGGUAAUCAACAGUUUUCUGGUCUUGGGGUCUCUCAUAUGGCUGUCCACGUAUGUAAACAUGCAGACAUAGUUUCAGCCAGCAGACCUAAAGUUGGAGAGAAAAUUUUGUUAGUUGUCAAAGUUGUAAAGGGUAAAAUGAAGACAGUCCUUUGCAAAAAUGUGGGUGUCCAGCUGGAGCCAACGCCAAACUACGACUGUCACAUUGCCAAGCCCAAUGUUGACCAGGCAACACAGCUAGCACCACAUAUGUUGUUGUACACAACACAGCUUUAUCUCUAUGAGUAUAGUGACUGCGAGAUAGUGGACUACCCUCGGCAGGUGCUUCCUUAUGCUGUUGUCUAUUACACUUACAAGGAACCCCAACCUAUGAUUCCUAAACCCAUUACAAGCACACCUCAAAGUCAGCUACCAAUGCCAAGUGUAGUCCCACCUCUAUCUUCGACACAGACCCCUGUCAAUCCUCAUCAGUCACAAGCUGCUCAGCAUCAAGACUGUGGUCCCUGUAACGAGGUGUGGCGUGGGAGGCUUCAUGUUCGCUUGGAGGCAGGGGGUCAGAUCUAUAUCGAUGUGACCAUGCUGUCCCAUUUUGUGCCCUUGACCAUCAAUCUUAUUUCUCCUAUUCUGAUUCACCACUUGUACCCAGAGCAUAAUGCACAGUUCACUUUUUUCUGUGGUCUCUCCAAUAUUGCCUUGAAGGACGAGGUAGAAUGGAGGGCACACUUCUUCAAGUCUUUUCUCAUGAGGCCGCGGCCUAACAAUGAAGAACACUUCAAGGCCUUGGUUAAACACAUCAGUGCUAAACGAGAGAUGCCAACAGUUAAACUGCCGAAUGAUGUGUUCCUUUUCAUGAUGCCCAACUGUUUACUGGCUUCACAGCUUGGACUUGUCCGACGCGAUGAUGACACGCCAGUUCUCCAUUGCGUCCUCAUGUCGAAGUAUUCAACCAAUGAAGCGCAGAGGAAAAAGCUGCUGGACAGAAAGACUAUUUUUAAGAACUAUGGAAGUGCUACAAGCUGGGAGAGUUUGUUUGACGAUUCAGAUUUCACAGAUGAGGAAGAUGUCAAGAUGAAAGGCCAGUUGUCAGGAAGUAUAUCUUCCAUGUUCCAGGAACAAAGAUAUAUUCAAAAUAAGCUUGCCGCUAUGUCCAUCGUGGAUGCAGACAUGAACUUUACCCGCUGUUCAUGCCGUAAACUGUCUUCCUCCAAGGCUCACUACCAAAGAUGCAGGGACUCGGACGUGGCCAGGGUUCUGGCUGCCUGCCAAUCGUCUGGCAAGAAAAUGAGCCAGCCAGCUGUCCAGGAUAGAUCCCAACAUAGGCCGAAACAGAAAAUGUCAAAAAGAACAAAGUCCAUGCCGUCAUUUAGUCCGCACGGCUCGGAUUCGGAUUCGGAAGUGGAAAACGGGAAAGGCACGUCCCGAAGACGUAAAGACAGACUGACUCUCCUGAGCAGUACAAAAACUGUAGAGGAAGAGCUCAGUGAGGAAGAGCUGACCAAUGAGCAAAUGGAGGACAUCAUCUUCCUGCGGAAACCGGCCCUCACCACCGUUAGCAGGCCUAAACCCCCCAGCCAGGCCCACAAAAAUAGCAGCUCGAGCUUUCAGAACAAUCAGAAACAUUCCAGGGCGAAAAGCGCUGUGCCACAGCCGUCGUCUGAUUUGCACAAGUCAUCCUCUGAACCAUUGUUUAACAUUAAGCCUAGAAUUAUUCCCACUGAACCGUUGGAGCCGGUGACGCUCCCGAAAACAAAAAUCAUUCCAUCAGAACCAAGACUAAUUCCAACAGAACCUGUUGAUAACCUGGAAGGGACGAAAACGUCUAAGAAGGAAAAUGACAAACCUUUAAAAAAUGAACUAAAUUUCAGGAAUAUUCAUCAGGUGAUAGACAGAACUUUGAAAUCUGAACUAGCUACAAGUAAACUGGUAAAACCUGAGCAAUCUCUCGGUAAACCUUUAAACCCUGGAAUUAAUACCGGUAAGCAUUCAAGCCUUACAGUUCCUGUCAGUAAAUCAUCAAACCCUGAAGUUAUUACCAGUAAACCUUUAAAUUCUGGAAUUACUACCAGUAAAUCAUCAAACCCUGGAGUUAUUUCCAGUAAAACUGAGCUCAUUAGUACCAGUCAAAUAUCACAACCUGAGCUCAUGUCUGGCAAGCCUUUAAAACCUGUACUCAGUACCAAUAAACUGUCAAAUCCAGAACCUGACAUAACUACUAGCAAACCAAGUGCCUCUCAAGAUAAUUUUGUUCCUAAAUCCAUUCUGAAAAAGAACAGCGACCUUCUAGUUCCUACAAUUAUUGAGCCUAUACCUCCUGUCUCUGUUGACGAGGUAAGUGGCUCACCAAAAAAGAAAUUAGCUCGUUUGGAGGAAGAUUUUGGAGAUGUUGACAUGCGGAUUCCUAUGGCAGGUCCUGUAACACUACACCCAGUGUUUUUGGCAGCCCGGCAGCCGCCAGCAAUAAUUUUGUCACCUCCGACAACAGAGCCAACGCAGCACUCUCCAAAUUUUUCACUGGGGUCUUGGUUGGCACCAAGUGAAAUUCAAGGAGCACGUGUGCCGCCAAAUGCAUGUGAUGUCAUUAGUUCUAUGUCACCAACUUCUCCAGAGUCCCCACCAAUUGGGUCACCACCAUCACCUGUAGAUUCUCCUCUUUCUCCACCAAUGGAUUCGCAUUCCCCCCCACACUCGCCCAUCACAGUCAUAGACACAGAGUCCCCCGCCUCCCCCCCACAAUCAUCACUCCAAGACAGGUUUCGCUCAUCACCGAUAGCGAUUCCAACAACUCGUAUCAUCCACAACACGUCUCCUGAUAUCAGUCGGCUGUCCUCACCUGCAUGUUCUUCGGGCUCAAGGGAGAGAAUUGACAAUGCUAAUGACAUGAAAAAUUUCCUAAACUCUGGAUUUGACUCUGACCUCGAUAGUUCAUAUGAAGAUGAAAGCGUUGUCACAGAUCAAGAGAUCUGUGUCAGUUGCUCCCACUAUCCAGUAGCCAGACAGAAGGAAACUGUAUGGAAGGAUAACAAAACCCAGGUUCAGGAAAAUCCUAACCAGUCAGCCUGUAAACAUGGUGAUCAGAGAUCUGAGGAUACUGUCAGGGAGGCCCACAAUGCAAAGGACUCUUCAUUGAGUCCUGACUACCAGAUUGCUGCAAAGACAUUCACCGUUUCAUGUGUUUAUACUGAUUGUAUAUGUGUCGACAUGGGGAAACUCUUCUCUAAUCCUAUUCUGCAAAGCUGCAUGCAGGAAUGUACAAAACCAACCUGUGUAGAUUCUGACACAUCUCAUGAACCUUGUGUGUCUAAUAGAGAUGCAGUGGCAGAUGGCCAUUGUAUCAGCGAAACUAAAACCUGGAAACAGACUUUAGAUGUAAAGACUGAUUCUGAAAGGGUGAAUAUUCUGGAGUCUCAGACUGAAAGUCUGCUGUUGGCUGACUCCAUAGUGAGACGAUGCACUAAUAAGUAUAAAAAGAGUCUAGCAGACGCUACGCUGUCUUCGGCAUACUCGUUUUGUAAUCAGUGGGAAGAAAAACGCGACCAUCCUGGCAAGUGUAUGAUUCUGAAAAACGCUGUAGCGUUGAGAGAAAUUGAGAAUUGUUCGGACAGUCCGAUGGACAGUUGGUGCAAAGAGAUGAGGUCAGAAAAGGCUCACCUCUUUGGGAGUGGCCAUUGCAUUCUAGGUCAGUGUGACCUAGUGACUGUCUGGCCGUGCAGUGUCAAGAGCGAGACUGGUCAGACUGAUGAUGCCCCAUCACAUGAGAACCAGCUGCAAGUUUUCCAGGAGUCUGCUAGUCAGGAUACCGUCAGUGUUGCUCAGAUCAAACUCAGUAGUGGUGUGAAAGAUUUUGGUGAACAUUCUCAUGAAUCUGCUGAAAUGCAAAAGGAAACAAAUCUAUCAGACCUAGAGAGUCAACAGCUUUCUUGUAGUUAUUCUCACAAUGGAUUACUAGACACCAGUGCUAAAAAAAAUCCAGCUAAUGAGGCAAAAAACCCAUCCAAACUGUUAUUUAAGAACAUAUCUGAAGGAAAAAAACAUAGAAAAUCCCACCAUGCAAAAGCUGGCUACGACCCUUCUCAUACUAACUCAUCUAGUAGAGAUGAUCGCCAGAAGAAAAGAGAUGGCAUUGAGAGAAACCCAACUGACAAGAAAAACCAACCUAGAAAACCCAAAGAAAGCAAUCCUAAGCAUCACGAAGAUCAAGGAUACAGUGGUAGCAAACAGAAACCUGUACAAGUCACCGCCACCAUAAAAACCACAAACCAGAUAAACAAUCAACCCAUUUCCAACAGUUCGAAGCAUCUCAAUCAAAGGGAAUUACAACCGAUUGAUCAGCUCGAGCAAGAUUUGUCAAAACUUAAGACUGAUAUUAGUGUAGAAAUCCCAGAUCAGUGGGAUGGUAAUGCUGACCAGCAGAAGCGUCUCCAUAAAAAUAAAUGCUUGUCUGAUGUACCAAAAAGCACGGAUCUAGUUCAAUCCAUUUGUAGUUCUCCCCCCUGUCUCCAACGUAAAUCACAUUAUCAUCCAAGGAGCUCCCAUCAAGCUAAUGACCAAAAAGAUCCUUCGAAGAAGCUUUUAAUCAGCCGAGAUGUCUUGCAACAGUGCUUUUCAGACCAAUUUAAAGGUAUGACGAUGUCUGUCCUUGCCGAUAGUAAAUUUGCUGUUUGUGAUACACAGUCACACAAUGAUUCUGAGCAAAGUCAUCAGUUCAGCAUAGCUCAUUCAGUUUUAGACGAAGUUAAAUUUCCUGACUAUGGAACUACUUCUUCCAAUAACAAUUUGCUACUGGGUAGCAACAUUGAAGGUAGCAUUACUGAUGUCAGUGAUGUUGACAGUAGAGAUGUCUAUAAUAAUAACAGCAAUUAUCUGAUGAGUGCUAGCACCUUUGAAUGCAGCUAUAGGAAUCAAAGUGUAGCAUUCGAAGAUGGAACUAAAAGCAAGGUCAAGGAGAGUCACAGUAAAAGUGGCCAAACGCAUUCGAACAAGUCUCACUGUGAUGACAAGCAUCCAAAGCAUUGUCAUGGUAAUUUUAGCAUCAAGGGCUCAGUUAUGUCUCACUAUGAUGGUAAUGACAACUACCUCGAGAAAUGUCAUGGUACAGAUAGCAUCCGGGAUCCCAAUAACUUAAACCAGAAUGCUAGUGACAAGCAUCCCAACAAAUGUCAUGGUAAAGGUAGUAUCAGGGAUCACAUUAAGUUCAACCAGAAUGCUAGUGACAAGCAUCCCAACAGAUGUCACAACAAAAGCAGCAUUGAUGUUCCAAACUGGUCUUACCAUUACGAUAGUGAAAAGCACCCCAACAAAUGUCAUGAAAGAUGUACUAUUAAGGAUUUUUAUAAGUCUCACCAUUAUGACAGUGAGAAGCACCCCAACAAAAGUCAUGGCAACAAGGAUCCUAGCAAACAUCAGAUCAAAGAAAAUCAAAAAAAUUCUUAUAAAUAUCAUAGUACAGAUAGCCAUCCACAUAACGAUAAUGAUAAAGAUAGCCAUAGUGAUUUCAACAGAAGUCUUACCAGAGAUAGCAAUUUGUACCCCAAUAAAUGUCACAGUAAAGAUAGCCACAAUGAUCCCCUCAAGUAUCACAAAGGUAGCAACAACAGUAAAAAAAAACAUCACUUAAAAGAUAGCAACCAUCUCUGGGAAAAAGAAACUCAGUUGAAAUUACACAACAGUUCGGAAAUCAAGACUGACCAUAGCCACAAUAAACAAGAACACAGGAUUAAGAUUGAUUGUCUCUCAAGCAGUGCAAAUAGUCCCUCUGAAUCCUCCGCCUGCACAGACCUGGACUAUGUGAAACAUGCUGAAGGGGAGAUCAGCACGCAAGAAAAUGCCAAGCGCAACGAGCAAAGAAUAAUUCAAACCUUUAACCUUAUGCAUAGACGUGAUAUCAGGCCCACCAGACACAAAGUGAGUAGGUCAAAACGUUUUCGAAAUACAACAAAAUCUAGACGGAAACAUGAGGAGAAACUUCUGUACAGCUGUGAGACUGAAGUUGACAGUCCUCCCCCUUGCUACCAAAGAAAAGGUAUUGAACUCUGUCCUACUGCUGCAGGACAUAAAAAACAAAAGAACCAAAGACACAGGGAAAUCACAUGCUCCAAGCGAUACUUCAGUAGAUCUAAGGUCAGGUUUAAAGCGGACAACUACGAUGCUAGUUCAGAAGAUGAGGACAAGGAUAAAAUGUGGUCUCUGUCUUUGUCUAUCGGUAAACUUGGAUCACAGAUGGCGUGUACUACUCCGAGACUCCAGAGGGACUUCAUCAGAGACGGACACCCUUGCAUAGAAGACAUAGAUGAUAGCGGUUUUGCCAGUAUUCCUCUUAGUAUGAGAUCAGUUACCAACCGUGGCGAUACUUUGGUAUCAAGUCACAGGGUUGUGAGUAAAUCGCUGUUCCAGGAAGACACUUUGAAGAAUCAGAGCUUCAAUACUCUUGAGAAAAGUCAGUCAGGGUCUCUGGUCCGAGAAUGUUUCUACGAAACCGACAAUUUUUCAGUUCAUGAUACGCCGGAAGAAUGUGAUUCUGACAACAGCUGGUUCAUGUUUGCAAGGCGCAUCAAUAGGAAGAAUCAAGUGCAUGUCUGUCAACCUUCACCUUUAACACAAAGGAAUCUGGGAGAGACUCAGACGACACAAUACAACGAAGACAUUGAUUCAUUUCAAGAAGUUAAGCCUUUCAUUAGCCAGCUAGAGCAACUCACUUACUACAGAAUUGAGGAACAGGUGGGGUCAAUGGCUGUUCAGGAUGAACAGUUAGGGUUUGGCUACAUGAAAAGGUCUCCUCAAGAUCCUAAUUGUAAUCUGGGAGAGCCCUGUGUUGUCAUAGACAGAGUGGAAGAGACCAUGGAAGAUUUCUUUCUGGAUCAGGCUGAAAGAGACUGUACCAAUCCUUCUGCUCUCACCCAACUGGAUUCAUUGACAGAGCAACCUUUAGCUCAAAGUGAAGGCAAUAUGCAUUCAUCUCCUCUUCAUCCAACAAUGGACACUUACAAUGAUACUAACCAAAUCUUACAAACACAUAGUGAUACUAGUGAAAAGCAUCAGUCUGGCCAUCCCAGUUAUAACAGAGUACAGGAGGAUUUCUCCACCCAGAAACAUAGAAACAUAAAACCCAAGAAAAAGUCUCUUUUAUAUCAGUGCUCCUCAUCUCAAUCAGAGCCUUCAUUAUUGCAAAACUCUUUGACAAAUAAAGAUGUAGAAGAGAUGAACCAAUGUUCAAAUAAAACAUCUUCAUUUCUGGAAAGUAGAAAUAAAUCCAUGUCUGCUUAUCAAUCCCCAAAUUGGCCAGCUGAAGAGUAUUCUACAUCAAACAGUGUUUACCAUUAUAGAGCCAUAAUUGAUCAAUAUAGACCUAUCAAUGCACCAUUACCAGAAAAGGACAAUAGAUGGUCUUACAUGAACAGGGAUAAAGAAGAGUUAUCUGCACCUUUCCUUCAAGAUAGCCAUAGAGACCACACAUGUAACUUUAGUCCCAUCUCAACAAACAGCACACUGACUGCCCUUGACAUUGUUUUAGAGACAGAUGAAGACAUUAAAAAACAGGAAACAGAAGAUGAAGUAACUUGCGAUUCUGACCUGGCUAGGAAACAGAAUCAGGUGAUGCCCAACUUAAAUGUCUAUAGAAAAAUUCAGACUGAUAGAAGCCCCAUUGACCUGGCAAAUGUGCACAAACAUUCUCCUGAUAGAAGUACCAACACAGUGGUACCUGACCAAACACAUACAAAAGUUUGUAGGAAUAUAUUUACUGACAUUCAACCUGUAGUUUUGAAGACACAUACUUCAAUGAAUGAGUCACAUGAUGUGAUGAUUGAUAAAUCUUCUGUUGAGAAGAACACUGAUAAGAGCCAAGCUUUGCUUGAUAAACAAUGCCACAACCAAUCAGCAUUGAAUGACACCUUGCACAACAAAGCAUCACUGAGUCAAUUUUCAUGCAGGCAGCUGUCACAAAGCCAACUCUCCAGCCGCCACCCUUGCAAAGAGACCAAUGAUGUGAGAUUUAGCAGCUCCGAGUCUGAUGAGGGCAUGAGUGCACAGCUCAAGAAUAUAGUCGAGCAGGUGAUAUCUGGACAUUCUAGACCAUCUGAUAAGGAAACCAUCUUGUCACCAUGUGACCCUUUAGUAAGCAAUUCCAAUGAAACAGUAGAGAUAUGUUACAAACAGCAGGUUAUCAGUUCCACUGAUCAGAGCCUACCAUGGAUUACUAUAGCAAGCCCUGACUUGAGCCAACAAGAGACCAUACAAAACAAAAAGCAUCAAAGCUCUUUCUCUGAGCAAAAUGUCAAUAUUUCAUCCAGAAAAAUCAAUUUCAGUUUAAAUAAAGUUAAUAACUGGCUAACUGCUGAAAAAGGGUAUUUAUUCCCAGCAUCAUCAAGGCAACAAACAUCAAUGGAUGAUACAAACAGACCAUUUAAUGAUUCACAAAGUUUGAACCAAAGCAGCUCUAGGUCACAAAGAACUUGUGACUCUGACAAUGGAAACAGACUUUUGGCUUCCAACACGCCAUCUUUGCCUGCUGAUAAACAUUGGACCAUUCCCAAACGGGGUGAUUCCUCAGUUUGUACCUCUCUUUCUUAUGAGCAUAUUCCUGACCUUCAGGCAAUGAAUAAUUUGUCAAAGAACUCAAGCAGGACAUUUCUAGAAGAGGAGGGGAACAGUGAUGAUUGUUCUAUGCCACAAGCUGAUCUCUAUCUUUCUCAAACUAAUAGGAAUCUAGAAAAUGGACACUUGUUAUCAUUUGAGCAGCCUGAAGAAAAGGAUUUUUCCAAGGACAAAUUUUGUUUAAGUCAAGAUGGUUCAAAUUCAUAUCCAGUUAUGAAUUCGUCAAAAACUGAUAAUGUUUCCAGUAGCUCUUCUGACCAUCAUACGUUAGAUGAAACCAUGAACUCCAAUGACAUGUCUGAUGGUGACAUAUAUUUAACUGAUACCGAAUAUGUUUUGAACAAUAUCUGCAGACCUUGUAGUGUCAGUUUGUGUGAUGUUGACAAAUGCUUCAACCUUUGUGGGGGAAACAGCUUUUAUUUCACUUCUGAAAGCAUCUCUCGGGUUUGCAGGAUCCCCAGUAGACCAACUGCAAGGCCCUCAGAAAGUCUAAACUCACUGGCUUCUUCCAGUAAAAUCCCAGAGCACAAGAGCUGUGUUGAAGAAAAUACUUGCCAGGGGAUGGAUGAUGUUCAGGAGAUUCAAGCAGGAAGUGAAGCCCAUGGAGUGGAGAUGAAUGAAAAGAGCCGUUUGAAAGAAAAUAAUAAAGGUGAGAGCCACUUGAGGGUCACUGAAGGUGAGAGCCACUUGAGGGUCACUGAAGGUGAGAGCCACUUGAGGGUCACUGAAGGUGAGAGCCACUUGAGGGUCACUGAAGGUGAGAGCCACUUGAGGGUCACUGAAGGUGACAGCCACUUGAGGGUAUCUAAUAAUGAGGCUCAUUUGAUUGAAACUGACGGACAGAGUCUUUUGAUGAAAACAGAACCUGAUAGACAUCACGCUGGGAUUGCCGGUGAAAGCAAUGUGAUGCCAAUUGAUAGUGAUACACUUGUGGAAGGGGGAUGUCGUUUGGGGGAAACUGAUGAUUUUUUGAAGAGUGAAGAAGAUGAGGGUUAUUGGGUGGGAGUUGAGAACCACUUGACAAAAAUUGAUGGUGAGUGCCAUUUGGAGAAAACUGAUUGGGAAAGCCAUUUGAUGGUAACUGAAGAUGAGAGCCAUUUGAUGCAAACUGAUGGUGAUUAUAACAUGUUUAACAGAAAUCAACCAAAGCAUUGUGAAAGUCAGUCAGAUUCAGUUCUUGGCUUGCAAUCUGUAACUAACACAACAUAUGCACUAAGUUCAAGUAACAACAAAAAUGCAACUCAGAAAUAUGCAAUGAUCAAAGUAGACAAUGGAGGAGCCUUGAUAACCAUUCCCAUCUGGAAUCAGGUGGCAGAGGAUGAAGUGAAAGACAAAAAACAAAAGAAAAAUAAAAGAAAAACAAGUUCUAAAGAGAACACUGAAAAACAAACUUGCAAUAAAAGUGGGCAUUCUGUUUCUAAAGAGAACACUGAAAAACAAACCUGCAAUAAAAGUGGGCUUUCUGUUUCUAAAGAGAACACUGAAAAACAAACCUGCAAUAAAAGUGGGCAUUCUGUUUCUAAAGAGAACACUGAAAAACAAACCUGCAAUAAAAGUGGGCUUUCUGUUUCUAAAGAGAACACUGAAAAACAAACCUGCAAUAAAAGUGGGCUUUCUGUUUCUAAAGAGAACACUGAAAAACAAACCUGCAAUAAAAGUGGGCAUUCUGUUUCUAAAGAGAACACUGAAAAACAAACCUGCAAUAAAAGUGGGCAUUCUGUUUCUAAAGAGAACACUGAAAAACAAACCUGCAAUAAAAGUGGGCUUUCUGUUUCUAAAGAGAACACUGAAAAACAAACCUGCAAUAAAAGUGGGCUUUCUGUUUCUAAAGAGAACACUGAAAAACAAACCUGCAAUAAAAGUGGGCAUUCUGUUUCUAAAGAGAACACUGAAAAACAAACCUGCAAUAAAAGUGGGCUUUCUGUUUCUAAAGAGAACACAGAAAAACAAACCUGCAAUAAAAGUGGACAUUCUGUUUCUAAAGAGACCACUGAAAAACAAACCAGCAUUAAAAGUGGGCUUUCUGUUUCUAAAGAGACCACUGAAAAACAAACCUGCAAUAAAAGUGGGCAUCCUGUUUCUAAAAGAAAGGCGACAUCAGAGCAGGAAGAUCUCAUUUCUGUGAAGAGGAAAAAAAUGAACCCUUCCCAAGAUAAUAUGUCUGUAAAACAGCAACCUGCGAGUAGCGUUGGUGGAAAUGAGGUUGAGGAAACCAUAUCAGGUCAAGAGAAACUUUUAAUUGAGAAUUACUUGUUUCCAACGAGUGUAAAUCGAUAUAAGUUUCAGGGCCAGCUCAUCACACAAACCGAGCAGCACAGUCAAAAGUCUGGUGAGAACAUGUUGGCCAAGUCCAAGAAGCAGACGUCAAAACAACAGACCCUUUCAGAGCAGCAGACAUCAAAGCUGCAGACACUUUCAGAGCCGAUUAGAGAUGUUGUGACAUCUGAGGACACGUCCAAUGGUAAUAAAACUAAUGAAGUGAUUGUUGAUGCAAAUGUGGAAAGUAAAGCUCAGUCUGAGGUAUCAAUGAAUAGUUUUUGUCCAUCAAAUAGACAAAACAUUCCAUCUAAAAGAAUCUAUGAGCCUGUGGAUUGCCAAGCUUCAGUUCAAGGUAGUGAUGAAAUGAAAGAAGAAAUAAAUGACAAUACUGUUUUUCCAUCACCAACGUGUAGCACUCCUGAUGCACUCAAAUUUCCACCUACUGGUACAUCUUCUUCUUUAUCUUCAAAAGAACUCUGUAAAGCCAAAGAAAAAACAUCAAAAGUAAACACAGCAUCAAAACAUCAAACAUCAGUAAAAGUAAACAAAUGCACAAAGGAUCACAAAUCAAACAAAGAGCACAAAUCCUCAGAACAUCACACCACAUCAACCAAAGAGCACAAAUCCUUAAAAGGGGAUCUAUCAACUCAUGAACCCAAAUCCUUAACCGAUCAAACAGCCAAAGAAAGUAAAUCAUCAAAAAAAGACACCACAUCACACAAAUCUUCAAAACAUCACACCACAUCAACCAAAGAGAACAAAUCCUCAAAAGGGGAUUUAUCAACUAAUGAACCCAAAUCCUUAACUGACCAAACGGCCAAAGACAUUGAAUCCUCAAAAAAUGACACCACAUCACACAAAAAGCACAAAUCCUCAAAACAUCACACCACAUCAAACAAAGAACACAAAUCCUCAAAAGGGGAUCUAUCAACUAAAGAGCCCAAAUCCUUAACUGAUCAAACAGCCAAAGAAAGCACAUCCUCAAAAAAUGACACUACAUCAAACAAAGAACAUAAAUCCUCAAAACAUCACACCACAUCAAACAAAGAACACAAAUCCUUAAAAGGGGAUCUAUUAACUAAAGAGCCCAAAUCCUUAACUGAUCAAACAGCCAAAGAAAGCACAUCCUCAAAAAAUGACACUACAUCAAAAAAAGAACAUAAAUCCUCAAAAUGUAAUCUGUCGGCUAAUGAACCAAAAUCCUUAAUUGAUCUAACAUCAGCUAAGGAAAGCAAAUCCUCAAAAAUUGACACCACAUUCAACAAAGAACACAAAACCUCAAAACAUCACACCACAUCAAACAAAGAACUAAAAUCUUCAAAUGGUAAUCUGUCAACUUAUGAACCACAAUCUUUAAUACACCAGACAUCAGUCAAAGAAAACAAGUCCUCAAAAAAUGACACCAUAUCAAACAAAAAACAUAAAUCCUUAGUAGGGGAUCUGUCAGCCAAUGAACCUAAAACCUUAAUAGAUCAAACAUCUGCAAAAGAAAUCAAAUCCUCAGAAAAUCACACCACAUCACACAAAGAACAAAAUACUUCAAAAGGGGAUCUGCCAGCUAAAGAACCCAAAUCGUUACCUGAUCAGAAAGCCAAGGAAAUCAAAUCCACAAAAAAAGACACCAUUAUUAAUAAAGAACAGAAAUCCUCAAAACAUCACAUUUCAUCAAACAAAGAACACAAAUCCUCAAAACAUCAAGCCACAUCAAACAAGGAACACAAAACUUCAGAAGAGAAUCUGUCAUCUAAUGAACCUAAAUCCUUAAUAGAUCAAACAUCAGCCAAAGGAAGCAAACCCUCAAAAAAUCACACUACAUCAAACAAAGAACACAAAUCCUCUAAAGAACAUAAAACAGACAAGAUGCAAAAGACAACCAGAGAACACAUAGCCUCUAAAGAACACACAUCUGAUGAAAAGCACUUUGUUCAAGAUAACAAAUCUACAGAAGAACACAAAUUAACCAAAGAACAUUUGCUUUCUAAAAAACAGAUUUCUUCUAAAGAACAUACAUCAGCCAAAGAAUGUUUAUCCAACAUAGAACACAAUUCUUCUAAAAAGCAUACAUCAGUUAAAGAACAUACAUCAAGCAGAGAACAUGCAUCAAGUAAAAAACAGACAUCCGUCAAAGAACAGACAUCUGGCAAAGAACAUUCAUCAGGUAAAGAUAACUUUUCUUCUCAAGAACGUAUUGCUUUCAGUAGCAUUGCAUGCAACAAAGAUUUACUACCUACCAAAGAACAAAUUGCAGCUGAAGAAAAGAGAUCUAUCCACAAACCAUUUAAAUUAUGCAAACACAUGUCCACCAAACAACACAAAAACAAAGAACACACCUCUUCUGAGCUUAAGCCUUCAAAACAUAUUGCACCCGAAAAAAAACACAAACCCUCCAAAGAACAUUCAUCCGCCAAAGAACUGAAGCCAGGCAAGACAGACAAGACUGAUUCCCUGAUAACUAAGAACAAAGUUAUUAGCUCACUGCUUAAAGACAUUGUAUCUCAGCUUGACGCUAACAGUGCUGCUUGGCACAGUGAAAACACAAAUCUAAGGUCAACUAAAGACAAUAAACAAGCAAUUAAAGUCAUCAAACAGUUACCUGAAAACAAUCAACUAGCAGUUGAUUUGCACGGAGACAACAAGCCUGAAGUCAACAAUCAAUUUUCUGAAGACAGUGAUCUGGCCCAUCAAGUCAACAACCUCGUAUUUAAUGACAAUAAAAUAGCUUUUGAAGUCAGCAAUCAGCUAUCUGAAGACAAUAAUCUGGAACUUGAAGUCAACCAUCAGGUACCAGCAGAUGAUAAACUGGCAGAUGAAGUCAUUAAUCAGUUACCUGAAGAUAAAAAAUUAGCACUUGAGGUCAACAAUCAGCUAUCGGAAGACAAUAAUCUGGAACUUGAAGUCAACCAUCAGGUACCAGCAGAUGAUAAACUGGCAGAUGAAGUCAUUAAUCAGUUACCUGAAGAUCAAAAACUAGCACUUGAGGUCAACACUCAGCUAUCUGAAGACAAUGAACUGGCACUUGAAGUCGAUAAUAAGAUAACUGAAGACAGUAAAGUAGCACUUGAAGUCAACAAUGAUCUACUUCAAGACAGUAAUUUAGCACUUGAAGAUAAUGUUCAAAAACAUGAAGUCAAUAAAGUAGCACUUGAAGUCAACAAUCAAUUACCUGGAAACUAUGAGCUAUUACUUGAAGUUAAUGAUCAGCUUCCUGAAGACAAUAAAUUGAUACCUGAAGUCAGCAGUCAUCCAUCUGAAACUAAACAGGAAUUUGAAGUCAGACAUCACUUACCCGAAGACCAUAAUCUAAUACUUAUAAAAAGUGAGGCGCCUUUGAGCAUCAACAGUGAAGCUACAGUGGACAUGCUAGAACCUGAUCUUAAGAAACAAACAGAUGUGAUCAAUGAGCUAGCACCUGAAGUUAACAAAAAGCCCUUUGAAGUCAACAAUCAGGUACACAUAUUGAAUUGCCAGCCACAGGAGGUGAACAAAAAGGCAAAGAAAAGAAAGGUUGACCAUGAAAAAAACUUGGCAGACAAGCCAGGCACAUUCUGUCCUAGUGCACAGCACAACGAAACUUUAACUGACAGGCUCGAGACAUCAUCUGUAACAGAAGAAGGCAAUGAUGAUGUAGAUAAAAUCAACACCAACUCGCACAAAGAGGAACAUCCUCUUCAAUCCUCAAAGAAGGCAACCAUCUCAUUUAGCUCUGAUGCCAAGAAGCCAUCUAUGCAAAGCCAAAGCUCUCUAUUGUUAGAUCAAACUGCUACAAUGGCUGGGUUUGCAUCAGGUAGUGGCAAUCAAAAAGUGACUAGCAAAGAAGUUAAGAGGAAAGCAGAUGAAGCUUUGAGUGGAGAGCAGUAUACCAAGAAGCCAGCACACGUCAUGUGGUCAAACUGGAAAAUACCAAAGAAAAAAAAGAAUGAACUCAGUGCUAAGUGUAUUGAAGAGCAGCCCCAGAAAUCCAAAGAUGAUAGAACAGAUGCUAUGAAACUAGAUUUUGGAAGGUUCCAUCUACCAAUGUCAUCUUCCCAUAAGCAAACAUCAUCUUAUUUGCAGACCUCUUCCAAUCAAGCCUCAUCAUCCUGUCAGUCAUUAAAAAGAAACAAAAUACAAGUCUGUUCAGGGCAACAGCUACUUAAUUCCUCUAACCCGGCAAAGAAAACAAUCUUUGGUUCAAACUCAAAAAAAGACAACUGUGAAAGCACACCACGUAAUAUUGUCUCUGAAAAACAACAGAUCAUAAAGAGAACAGAUAAUUCUAAAAAACAACAAAUCAUAAGGACAACAUAUACUUCUGAAAAAAAAAUCAUGCAGACAUCAGACACCUCUAAAAAACAAGAAUAUAAGAAUACACAUCAUAGUAUUGUCUCUGAAAAACACCUGGACACACAUAUAAUGAGAGAACAACCUGAUGAGAUGUUCAGUACAUCAGAGAGACCAGAGAAGGAUGUGCUGGAAGGUCAGUGUGACAUAUUCAAAAAUAAAGAGAAACGGGAAUCUCCAGAAACUCUUUGCCCUGAGGUGGAACCCAUUGCUAAAUGUGAGACAGCAGCCAUUAAGCCCCAAGUAACAAACAAUGAAUCUGAAGUAGUGGCUGAAAUGACUUACACAGACACAGUUUCCACUGCAGUACACCUAGAGGGAGCCACUGUAAGUCUGGACAAAGAUGAGAACGAUGACCCCGUUCAUUUAAAGAUUAAUUUCACUCCAUUAGACUUGCAGAGAACAACUUCAGCUGUAGAUGAUCUUGAAAAGACAGAGAAUGAUCUACCAAGUUCUGAAGGAAAAGUUGACAAGUCAUCAGAGAGUUUUCCGACUGUAAACCUAAGGGACAGUCAAGAUAUUACUCAUGGCAUGGAAUUCCUGAAAAAAGAUAAUGGAGAUCGACGACACAUGGAGCAGGAUUCUUUGGAAGGUGAGAUUUGUAAGGGAAAGCCUUGUUCUUUUCUUGAAGAAAUGGCAUGCACAGCAAAUCAUUGUGAUAUGAAUAUUGGUCAGAAUCAAGACCCAAUGGUCACUCAUCUUUCUGGAAACUGUCCAUUAAAUGACUCUGAUGACCCCAGUAAUUUGUCUAAUUUAAAUAUUGACUCAAAAAACUACUCUUGUAAAAGUAGUGUCAAGGGUAUGGCUGACAUGACAGAACAAGGAAGUCUGAGAGUCAAAGCUAUGCUGUCCAGUGCAAACUUAGAGUUGAAUCAUGGGAAUGCGCAUGAACAGAUCCAGGAGAGGAAAGUAACAGACAGGCCUGAGUGGAAUAGCAGUCCUGUGAGGGGCUUACAAGACAAAACUGAGGAAAGCUGUGAGCCUACAAAUAGUGCUGGAGAUGUGCAAGAUUAUCAGAAGAUGUGUGAUGAGGCCCCUGCGUGCAGUAGCAAGGUAAUUUUCUCUUUUCUUUCUAGACAAAGUCUUGAGCCUCAGACAUCACCGAAGAUAGAAAGCGGUAAGUUGAUGGACUUUGCCCCGGAUAUAUCGAACUGUGACAAACCUGUUGACACCGUUGCCAGCCUGAUGUGUGUUAAAGGUGAACAUCCACUUGCCAAUGUGGAGAUUGGCUCAGAGAAUGUCAUAAGAUCAUCUGUCAGUGGUGUUAGUUUCUCCGCUGACGACACAACACAGGUGAGUAAUGCAUGCUCAAAUGAAAGUAUCACAUCACUUGGCAUUGGUUUAGCAUCAGAGGCUGAGAACUCCCAGAAUAGCACAACUAUGCUAUGUUCGGAAGAAGGUCAGGCUGGUUUCAUCAAGUCUACUUAUGAGAAUCCAGAUGGAUGGUCCAGUGAUCAUGAAAAAAAAGAGAUCACAGAUGACUAUAAUGACCAGAAAAAUAGCACCAAGUCACCACUUGUUGGUUAUGUUUCAACUGAUUCCAGUAAAAGUGACUUAUUGAAGCCCAAAAGUCAACAAGGUUCUGAUCUAUUUUGUCCUUAUUCCGAAUCAUCCACUGAAGAGGAGAGAGAGAGAAAGAACCAAAUAUUUCUAAGUCAUGAGAAAAGUAGAAUGUCUGAAGUGAAUUUCAUCAACUCUUCACCAUUGAGGGACUCAUCAGUGUGUGAUGGAACGAGGAGCUGCCAAUCACAUGAGGCACAAAAACUUUUCUCUGACAAAGACUCAUCCUGUGAUUUAGCCUUAGCAAUCAAAUAUAGAAAGAAGCUCUACAGGCAUCCAAAACAUCAUCAUGUUUGUGAUGUCUCAAGUGAUAACAAAUCCAGCGAGUCAGCUUUUCAGAAAAAGGAUGCAAUAGGCGACAGGUCACAAGAACAUUCCUCCGGUGGCAUAACCAAUGACACAGCUAGUUACUCGCCUGAUAAAGAAGAUGAUAAACAGAGUCACAGCUAUGGUCAUGAGGAUGCAAGUCUUAGGACACAAUCUAUGGACACAAAGUUCCUAGGCCAAAAAGAUGGGGAGCGAAACUCUUCAGAAGGGGAGAUUUUCAAAGUAGAGCUUAGUGCCAGUCAAACAUGCAUUCUUAAAGAAGAGUUAUGUUUACAAGAAGACAUUGAUUCUGGCCAGGUUCUGUGCCAAGUUGGCCCCGAGCUUUCUGGGGAUGAUUCAGUAGACUCAGACGUUAUCAGUGAUUUGUCCAAUAUAUACAUAGCCAAUACAGAUGAUAAACAUGGGUUGAAAGAAACAAAAAGUGCCUCUGUUCAGGAUAGUGCUAGGAAGUUGGUUUUUCCUGAAGCCGAUUCUCCACUUGAUAGUAGUCGAGAUGCAUGGUCCAGUGGAGAGAACGGCUGCUCUACUUCGGGGAAGACUGAGAAACGGGGAAAUAAGAGGCUGGUCAAUUACAUUUCAACUGACUCCAGCCAGAAUGACUUAUCUGAACCAAAAUGUACAGGUCAACAAAGAUCUGCUAAAACAUACUGCCCUUAUUCUGACUCAUCAACUGAAGAUAAAGUGAAAGAAUCUUACAGUGAAGAGAAUGGAGCGAAAGAACUAUACGGUCAAAUAAAUCCUAAUCUUGAAGAGAUGGAGACAGAAAUAAUGUCCAUAAAGAGUUUAGACCUUGACCCUGAUUCUUCGGCAAGUUUAUCAAGCAGCUCAUCAACUUGUGAUAGAAUGAGGAGCUGCAAGCUAGAUGUGAAACAAAUCUAUUCUCCCCGCAAUGACUCUGCUAACAAUCUCUCUAGUGAGUCAGAUUUAUCCGUCCAAUAUAGAAAAAAAAAGUACAACCGUCAAAAACAUCACCAAGCUUGUGAUGAGUCUGCUGAUCCAAUGUUUAAGAGAGGGGAUAAACAUUCAAGUGAUGAUAGUGAUGACUCAACUAGUGAUGCCUCUAGCCAUGUGGCUCAUAAGAAUAAUAAAAAUAAAAGACCUCAAACACAUCAGUCAUCAAGUGAUGACUCAACUGAGGACACGUCUGUUAGCUCAAGUAAGAAAAAGGAAGGAAAGAAAAUUAGGUCACGAAAACAUCAUUCAUCAAGUGAUGACUCAUCUAUAAGUUCAAUUAAGAAAAAAGAAGAAAAGAAAAAUAGGUCACAAAAACAUCAUUCAUCAAGUGAUGACUCAACUGAGGACACAUCUAUUAGCCCAAGUAAGAAAAAGGAACCAAAGAAAAGUAGGUCACAAAAACAUGAGUCAUCAAGUGAUGACUCAACUGAGGACACAUCUAUUAGCUCAAGUAAGAAAAAAGAGGGAAAGAAAAGUAGGUCACAAAAACAUGAGUCAUCAAGUGAUGACUCAACUGAGGACACAUCUAUUAGCUCAAGUAUGAAAAAAGAGGGAAAGAAAAGUAGGUCACAAAAACAUCAUUCAUCAAGUGAUGACUCAACUGAGGACACAUCUAUUAGCUCAAGUAAGAAAAAGGAAGGAAGGAAAAGUAGGUCACAAAAACAUGAGCCAUCAAGUGAUGACUCAACUGAUGACACAUCUAUUAGCUUAAGUAAGAAAAAAGAGGGAAAGAAAAGUAGGUCACAAAAACAUGAGUCAUCAAGUGAUGACUCAGCUGAUGACACAUCUAUUAGCUUAAGUAAGAAAAAGGAAGGAAAGAAAAGUAGGUCACAAAAACAUGAGUCAUCAGGUGAUGACUCAAAUGAGGACACAUCUAUUAGCUCAAGUAAGAAAAAGGAAGGAAAGAAAAGUAGGUCACAAAAACAUGAGUCAUCAAGUGAUGACUUAACUGAUGACACAUCUAUUAGCUCAAGUAAGAAAAAGGAAGGAAAGAAAAGUAGGUCACAAAAACAUGAGUCAUCAGGUGAUGACUCAAAUAAGGACACAUCUAUUAGCUUAAGUAAGAAAAAGGAAGGAAAGAAAAGUAGGUCACAAAAACAUGAGUCAUCAGGUGAUGACUCAAAUGAUGACACAUCUAUUAGCUCAAGUAAGAAAAAGGAAGGAAAGAAAAGUAGGUCACAAAAACAUGAGUCAUCAAGUGAUGACUCAAAUGAUGCCACAGAGAAUCAGUCUAGUAAAAGGAGAAGCAGAUAUUAUGACAGGACAUCUGAAGAUGAUUCUUAUGAUACAGAGAAUCAGUCCCAAACUAGGAGAAGUAGCUAUCAUGACAGGACAUCCAAAGAUGAUUCUCAUGAUACAAACAGUCGGUCCAGAAAAAGGAGAAGCAGAUAUGACAGUAAAUCUGAAGGUGAAGUGUCUUAUGAUACAGACAAUCUGUGCCGAACUAGGAGAGGCAGAAUUUAUGACUGGACAUCUGAAGAUGAAUAUUCUGAGGGUUCAAACUACCAUUCUAAGACAUCAAGAUAUAGGUAUCAUUACAGGUCUUCUCAAGAAAAUUCUUCUGAUUCAGAAAACCAUUACAGAAGUAGAUCUAGGAAAGAUAAAUAUCACUAUAGAUCCUCUGAAGAUGAAGAUUCUUGGGACUCAGACUACUAUUCAAGGAGAGAUAGGUAUCAUUACAGGACAUCUCGAGAUGAAGAUUCUAGUUAUGCUGAUGAACGAUCCAGAACUGUCAGAGACAGACUUGAUUAUAGGCUAUCUGAAGACAAAGAAGAUUACAGACACAGAUAUUCAGCAUGUAACAGAUCUACAUCCUCUGGUCAACAUUAUGGAGACAUAGAAUCUUUUCCCUACAAGGCAGACUUUUCUCAUAGGGACAGAAGUAAUGAACAUAUUUCUGAAGAUAGAAAGAGUCGCAGAGCUCAUCCAUACAGCAGACCAGAGAGAAAAGACUUUGCGUCCUUUAAUUUACCUUACAAAGAUUUGGCAGAGCUGAUGCAAAGUUUGACAACAGAGACCUUCAAACAAUCCAAAAAAUGCUACCCGAUUCAGAACAAACCAGUCAAAAGAUUUGCCAGUUAUUGCUUUAAAAGAUCAUCUGUACCAAAGUCAAAGGGAAAAGAAAAAGCCACAAUAAAGUUGGUGCGUCCAGAGGAUAUCCCUGACAUUGACAAACGCAAACACUUGGCUGACGAGGUGGAAAACUUGACAGUGAUCUCAGGGGAUGAGGUUGCUAAAAAAACAUUGGAGGACAUUCUUCAAAUGUACCCAAGUAUAGAGAAGUCCAACACCAAGGAGUUAGGUUCUGAUGAAAUUGUGGAGGUCAAGGACACUGUUAACCAAAAGUCGACCGAAAACUCCAGUCAACAGCCUGGACAAUCCGAGGAGAUAACUCCUGGUGUUCAUGAAUGUGAGAGUGCUGCCAAAGGCCAGAAGUAUAAGAUCCAUCCUUUCAACAGUGGCAGUGACAUGAGUCUUGAUGAAGAUAACUGCGACACCCACUGUCGCAUUAUAUAUGUCAGGUCUGCUCAUACCAGUGCUAAACUAGCUGACACUCAGAGUGAGACGUGCCUUUCAGACAAGGGAAGUUCCCACAGUGAUCUCGUUUCAAGGGCUAGUGUGAGUGACACUGGUCUGGCGAGUCAGGUCAAGUCAUUCAGCUCAGGUCAUGAAUGUGAGACGAAAAGUGACAGUGACUUGAAAGCGUCUGUAAAUGCUGCCUCGUAUUUCAACUUUAGCUGCAGACAUUUCAGUAGUUUCAACACAUUGUACAGUCUCCCCAGCUUCAGUGACAUGUCCUCGAAUGAGCCCAGAACAAUAGCACCAAACUUAUUUCCACACAUGGCUUACAGAGACCCUUGCUCUGCUCAGCAGUCCCCCCAAAACAAACAGAGUAGUCCUGCCUUCAUUUCAAAGAGAAAAAGACAGCAAAUGAUGAAGGUAACAAAAUGCAAUCUUGAGAAAAGUUCAGAGUUCAUGCUAGUAAUUCAAUCACUCAAAGAUUUAAAAUUAUCUCCGCACCGCUCAGAAAAGAGAGAUUUGAAACUUGCUAAGCCUACGCAACCAUUUUGUCUAGAAAUGUCACCUUCCUCAGAGAAUCCAGUCUGUGUAGAGCAUCCAACACAUCCAUCACACAUAGAACAUCAAUCCCAUCCAAAAAUGCCAUUGUGUACAAAACAGUCACCAUGCAGAGAGCAAAUAUAUCUUGAUCACCCAGAAUUGCCAGGGCAGACAUCAUGUUCACCACAUUCAUCAUUCCCAAACCAACCUUCAGUUUCACCACAUUCAUCAUUCCCAAACCAACCUUCAGUUUCACCACAUUCAUCAUUCCCAAACCAACCUUCAGUUUCACCACAUUCAUUAUUGCCAAAUCAUCCUUCAUGUUCACCACAUUCAUCAUUGACAAAUCAUCCUUCAUGUUCACCACAUUCAUCAUUGACAAAUCAUCCUUCAUGUUCACCACAUUCAUCAUUGACAAAUCAUCCUUCACUUCCACCACUUAUGUUACAUCCUUCAUUUCCACAACCGCCAUUGUUCCUAAAACAGUCUUUAAUCCAAAAAUAUUCAUUGUACCUAGAACAAUCACCUUUAAUCCAACCACAUCCAAUGUACCUAGAACAACCACCUUUAAUCCAACCACACCCUAUGUAUCCAAAACAACCACCUUUAAUCCAACCACAUCCUAUGUACCCAGAACAGCCACCUUUAAUCCAACCACUUCCUAUGUACCCGGAACAACCACCUUUAAUCCAACCACAUCCUAUGUACCCAGAUCAGUCUUCAUUCCCACAAUAUCCACCAUUCCUUGAAGAGCCUGUACUCCCACAACCCUCAUUAUUGACAGAACAGCAGCCACAGCACAUAGAACUACCCGUAACAAGAAUCAAUGAAGCUGUGAGCCCUACUAGCAAAAGUUUAAAGAGCUGUCACCAGCUUCGUUCUAACCUCUGUAGUCCAAGCACUGAACACCACACACUGACUUCACCUCAAGUCAGCUUAAGUAACACUUGCGCUUCAAACUCAGACGAAACAGUUGACAUUGAACCAGACAAUCAUGGUAGCUGUUCUCAGACGUGGGCUGAGCAGGAGCCCCCACCUCAAGUAGAAGAAACAGAAAGUUCCAACUCUACGCUUGAGAUACUACAGAAAUAUUUAAUUACGGCUUCUAGACUGAUCUCAGAUUCUGAGCAUGCGCGUCAGCUCAAACAAUGUAAAAAAACAAAACCACAUACUGUUUCUGGUCAGAGUGUGGACUCUGAUUUGAAUACUUCUGGUACACAAUCUGGCGAGCUGUCAGAAAAUAUGUCGCACAUAGUCCAAGAUGGGGAAACCUCAUCAAAUCAAGAACUUGGCCAACCAAACGAUGCAUUGAAGCUUAGCAAUGCCAAGAAUAAAAUGAGAUUAACUGACUUACUGUACAUUAAGAAACAGAGAGAAUUAACCGCUGAGGAAAAUACACAGCUGAGCAAGUUGCUUGCCCUUGUCAAAACUAAGGUGCUAGAGAAACAAAAGCAAGUACUGCCUAGCAGUCAUGACCAUCUUAUUGGAGGUCAUCCUCCUGGCUUGAGUUCUAAGAUUUCUGAAAUAGUGCAGUUGAGAAAAUGGAGUUUACACAAAAUAACAAUUGAAGGCAGAACUAAUGUGUACACAUGCAACCCAGACAUUGAUUCAGAGGUGGACUGCAUUACUGAUACAUCAAGAGAUCCAAGACUUCAGCAGCCAGAUAUACAGCUUGUACGAAAAUUACACAAAUCUACUAGAAGAAUUCCACUUGAACCAGUAAAACAAAAUGACAAUCUCUUGUAGUGCUGAAGAAUCCCUCUAGAACCUAAAGGACAAAGCACUGAAGAAUCCCACUAGAACCUAAAGGACAAAGCACUGAAGAAUCCCACUAGAACCUAAAGGACAAAGCACUGAAGAAUCCCACUAGAACCUAAAGGACAAAGCACUGAAGAAUCCCACUAGAACUUAAAGUACAAAGCACUGAAGAAUCCCACUAGAACCUAAAGUACAAAGCACUGAAGAAUCCCACUAGAACCUAAA